GCCAGAAGACACUCCACCACCGGAGUGAUGAGCUGGAGUCCGUGGUCCUGGUAAAUCCUGCAGAAAACACCAUCGCCUCUGAGGUUCAUUCUCUCGUGACAGACUCCUCCCAGCACAAGCUCCUGAUUCUGUGUGGGCAGACCACUGAACAAGCAGGGGACCUGAUACUACAGACUGGAACAUACACUUUUCAAAGAUUCGUCGAGACCUUUGCAGAUCCUGAGGUGACAGAACUACUGAGCAGUGCUGAAGCCGAUACCAAGGCUUGCAUUACCAUCUGUCACCCUGGCGAAGGAGAUUGGAGCAACCUCAAGCAGCACAAUCUCCAGGGAUUCAUCAACAUUAAGCUGAACCCAGCGCCCACCCUGCCAGAGAUGGAUGGCGUCUCUGAGUUCACAGAAUACCUCACGGAAUCUGUCGAGGUGCCCUCGCCCUUUGACCUGCUGGAACCUCCGACCUCGGGAGGCUUCCUCAAACUCUCCAAACCAUGCUGCUACAUCUUCCCAGGUGGAAGGGGAGACUCGGCGCUGUUUGCCGUGAACGGCUUUAACAUCCUGGUGGACGGCGGUUCCGAGAGGAAGUCCUGCUUCUGGAAGCUGGUCCGUCACCUGGACAGGAUUGACUCCAUCCUGCUGACGCACAUUGGGGCGGACAAUUUACCCGGAAUUAACGGACUGCUUCAGAGAAAGAUUGCGGAGCAGGAUGAGGAGCAGUCACAGGGCUCCACCACUUACAGUGACUGGAUCAAGAACCUUAUCUCCCCGGAGCUGGGGGUGGUCUUCUUCAAUGUACCUGAUAAACUGAAGAUGCAGGAGUCCUCUAUGAAGGUUAAGAGAAGUAUUGAAGAAGCCUGCUUAACGCUACAGUACUUGACUAAACUGGGAGUCAAACCAGAGCCUCUCAAUAGGGUUGUUGGUGCUACUAUUGACCCCAUUCCACUAUUCCACAAAAUGGGAGUUGGCCGAUUAGACAUGUAUAUCCUCAAUCCAGUCAAAGACAGCAAAGAAAUGCAAUUCCUGAUGCAGAAGUGGGCAGGGAACAGCAAAGCAAAGACUGGCAUCAUCCUUCCCAACGGCAAAGAGGGUGAGAUUUCGGUCCCGUAUCUCACAUCCAUUACAGCUCUGGUUGUGUGGCACCCAGCCAAUCCCUCCGAGAAGAUAGUCCGAGUGUUGUUCCCCGGCAAUGCCCCGCAGAACAAGAUCUUGGAAGGGCUGGAGAAGCUGAAACAUUUGGAUUUUCUCAAAUACCCCGUGGCCACACAGAAGGACCUCGCCGGCGGUUUGACCCCGCCCGUGGUGAAGCAGACGAAGAUGAGACAGAGGACUGACAGCAAAGAGAGCCUCAAGUCCUCGCCAAAGCCCUCUGCCCCCAAGCCAGUGAAAAAGGAGGAACCAGCGGAAGAGACGCCAACAAAACACCCAGAGGUUAAGACUGAGGCACUGAAGGAGAACAAGUUGGAAAAGAAAGAGGAGAAGAAGGGGAAGACGGAAGUGGAGAAGGCGACGACGGAUGUCAUUAAAACAGAAAAGAAAAAGUUGUCCAAGGAGAAGACUGUCAAAAAGCACGCCAAAGACAAGCUGGCAAAAUCGGAGGAGAAGAAGGACAAGGAGAAAAAAGAGAUCAAAAAGGAAAAGAAGGAAGUCAAGAAGGAAGAUGUGAAAAAAGAGGAGAAGAAGGAGGUUAAGAAAGAGGAGAAGAAGAAGGAGAAGGAGGCCAAGAAGGAAUCAAAGAAACUGCUCAAAGCCGACUUAAAGCCCUUCACUCCUGAAGUCAGGAGAACCCUGCACAAGGUGAAGGUGCCGGGCAAGAAAGCCGACUCUGCCAAAAGCAAAGUGGCAAAAGAAAAAGAGGUGGUGGAGCCGAAGGGCGAGCCUGCCCUGGCCAAAACAGCACCUACAGAGCAAACGGCGGCUCAGUUACAGGAGGAGAGGUCUAUCAUGUCGUCACCAGAGGACCUCUCCAAGGACUUUGAGCAGCUGAGGACUGAAGAGGCAGCCGAUGUCGAGGCUGUUGGCGUAGAGCCGGCCAAACCUCCUGGCGACGUGGAAGAAACGGCCAGGGUUGAGGAGGAAAGACCGCUGGACCAGCUCGAGGCUGGCCCUGAGCGAGACGAGUUCACUGGACCACCUCCCAUUGACUCAAAGGCCCCUCUUGAAUCUGCAGCCGAGGGAAUAAUCUCAGCAGCUGAGGAGGGAGUGACACCUCUGGAGGAGCAGGUUACUCGCCAGCCUGAAGCCUUGGCAGAGAAGAUUCUGGAAGAAGAAGGUGCUGUGGAGGAGUCGCUGGAAAUGAGUGAGUUGGAAGAAAAAGUGGUGACGGUAGGAAAGGAUGAAGAGAGCUUUGCUAAGGAUAGAUUGGAAACCAAACGCGAUGAAAAGGGUGAGGAAUAUCUGGCUGAAGAGCGAGUGGCACCUCCAGAAAUACUGGGAAAGGAGGUCAGAAGGAAGGAUGAAGAGGAAGAAAUGGAAAAAUGUGAACGAUACAUUGAGUCAAUGGAGAUAAGGGAGCAGGUCGAGGAAAGUGAGGGUGAAGAGGUGGUGGAAAAGGCAGAACUGGAAGAAACAGUGGAAGCCGUAGAUGAAGACAAAAAAGUAAAAGCCAAGGAAAAGGAAGAUGCGUUCCCUAAGGAUCUGCAAGACAAUCUACACCUCAGCGAGAAACAAGACAAGGACAUUUUUGAGCAUGAAACGCCUCUGGCUGAGGAGAAGCAGAUUCCAACACCUGAAGCCAAAGUGGUGAAGACCAAGGAAGAGUCGGUGCCAACACCGCUGCUGCCUGCCCCCGGGGCAGCAGUUGAACCCGUCUCAUACAUCCAGGACGAAACCAUCCCUGGCUAUUCUGAGACAGAGCAAACCAUUUCUGAUGAAGAGAUUCACGACGAACAAGAAGACCAAAUAUCUCACCUAAAAUAUGAAGUCGAUACGUACGAUAUCUCCGUGCCGGACGACACGAGGUCGUUUGAUGCGGUCCAUGGAAUGAAGGAGAUCAAAGCCAUGGCAGGAGCGGAGAUGGCGGCCAAGGGCUUUGUGAGGGAAGAGCCUGAGAUAGUUGUCUAUCCUUCCGAGAUAGUUGCGGCCCCACUGGCUGAGGAGGAGCACAUCUCUUCAGCAGCUUCGAUCACCGAGUGCGAUAAGCUCUCUUCCUUUGCCACAUCCGUGGCAGAGGAUCAGUCAGUGGCCUCGGUAACCGCGCCUCAGACCGAGGAGACCGGGAAGAGCUCCCUGUUGCUCGACACCGUCAACAGCAUGGCCUCCUCCAGGACAGAGGCCACCCAGGGCAGAGAUUACAUCCCAUCCGCGGGCACCAUAUCCCCAUCUUCCUCGCUGGAGGAGGACAAGUACUUCAAAUCCCCACCUUCCGAAGACUUUCAUCCCAUCACUGAAGUUGCCAAAAUGGAGGAGGAGGAGGAGGAGGAGGAGGAGGAGGACCAGACACCAAACGUUGAGGUUCCAACUAAGCUUAAAGAGCAAUACACUGCAAUGUUCCCAGAAAAGACCGCACCAACUCCCUUCCUGCCGGCCGAGUUUACUACUGCCGACCAAACCGUGGACCUUCAGGACACUGAUUACAAGCCCAAGCAUUCUUUGCAUUUUGAUGCCGACUUGCCAGAAAGCGAUGAGAAGUGUAUCAGCCCCGACGAAAGCACGGUGAAAAUGGCCUCACCGACGCAGUCGGGACCCACCAGUGCAGGGCACACUCCUUUCCACCAGUCACCAGUUGAGGAGAGAACUGACUCUGUUGAGACCGAACUAGAAGACCAGGCAGCACAGGAGACAUCGCUGGCCACUGAGGAGCCACUUAGAAGCGAAGACUUGCCAAGCUCAAGGCAGAGUCCUCUUAGUGACUUGCCACCAAAGCCUGACUCCCUCGGAGAACCUGCCCUGCCUUAUACACUGAGUGCCCUGAACUCUCAAGUCCACGAGCCUGAGCUGACUUCAAAAGAAGAAAUGAUGCAGUCACAGGAGUUCCGAGCAAUAGAGAAGAUGGAAAAAGAUGCCCAUGAAACUGAACGUACAGCAACUGAGAAAAUGGAGAGGGAUAUUCAGGAUUGGAAACCCUCCCUGGCUAAGACAGAGAUCCCUGAGGAGAAACCGCCAGCUGCUGAAAAGGUCGGGAAAGAAUUCCUUGAGGAAAAAGAGGAUGCUGAAAAGGCAGAAAAAGAACCAGUGAAGAAAUCUGCCACUCCUGAAGAGACGGAAAGAUUUUUUCCAGAAUCGAAACCCACAAAAGCUGAAACGUUGGCUUCUGAUGUUCUGGAGCAGAAAUCUGGACCUGUCGAAAAGAUGGACAAAGAGGAGCCAUCUGCCAUUACCGAACAAAUGACUAAAGAGACUCCAGAGAAGCAGCCUGCAACUGCUGAAGUCGUAGAACAAAAGACAAUCUCUCUUGAUGAGGGAAAGAGCGAGGAGGAAGACUUGGGGAAGAUCUCUCUUGACAUGGGGAAGAGUGAAAAAGUGGGAAGUGAGAAAGAAGAUUUGGACAAGAGACCUGGAGAUGUUGGAAAGAUUGAACCAGAAAUGUUGGACAAGAAGUCCAUCGACGACGCAAAAGUUGAACAGAAGGAACUGGAGAAGAUUUCUCUUGAUGUUGGAAAAUAUGAGGAGGAGGAAUUGGAGAAAAAAACUGAAGCUGAGCAGAUGGAAAAAGAUUUGCAGAAAAGACCCGGAGAUAUUGGCACAACUGAACGUGAGGGGUUGGAGAAAAUGUCUAUUGAUAUUGGAAAGAGUGAGAAGGAGGAAUUGGAAAAGGAAGUCUCUAUUCACCAUGGAGAAGUAGUUAAAGAGAAAUUAAAGACAAAAUCUAUUGACAUUGAACAUUUGGAAAAGGAUUUGGAAAAAGGAGCUGGAGAGAUGGAAGAGAUUGACCACAAGUUGUCUGAGAAGUCCAUUGACGUUGGAAAGACUGAAUCUGAGGAAUUAGAGAAAAUGUCUAUUGAUGUGGGUAAGAGUGAGAAAGAGGAUUUGGAAAAGGGACCUAGGGAUGUCGGAAAGAUUGAACAAGAGAUACCGGAGAAGGAGUCUACUGAUGACAGUAAGAUUGAAGACAAGGAACUGGAGAAGAUUUCUAUGGAUGUUGGAAAGAGUGAGAAAAUGGGAAGUGAGAAAGAGGAUUUGGGAAAGAGGCCAGGAGAUGUUGUGAAGGUAGAACAAGAGAUGUUAGAGAAGAAGUCUAUUGAUGACAGAAAGGUUGAACACAAGGAGUUGGCAAAGAUUACUACGGAUGUUGGCAAGAGUGAGAAAGAGGAUUUGGAAAAGAAAUCUGGAGAUGUUGGAAAGACUGAACAAGAGGUACCAGAGAAGAAGUCUAUUGAUACUAAGGUUGAACACAAGGAGUUGGAGAAGAUCUCUCUUGACAUUGUUAAGAGUGAGAAAGAGGAUUUGGAAAAGAAAUUUGGAGAUGUGGAAAAGAUUGAACAAGAGGUACCAGAGAAGAAGUCUAUUGAUACUAAGGUUGAACACAAGGAGUUGGAGAAGAUCUCUCUUGACAUUGUUAAGAGUGAGAAAGAGGAUUUGGAAAAGAAAUCUGGAGAUGUGGAAAAGAUUGAACAGAUUUCAGAGAAAAUAUCUAUUGAUGAUACUAAGGUUGAAGACAAAGAAUUGGACAAGAUCUGCCCGGAUGUUGGAAAGAGUGAAGAAGAGAAGCUGGAGCAGGAAGCAGCAGGCAUCGCAGAGGUAUCGAGAGAGGACCUAGUGAGUGAACUGGGAAAGAAAACCGAAGAUGUUGAAAAGAUGGACAAGGAGCUUCCAGAGAAGAAAGCUCCAGAUGCCUUAAGGAAGGAAAAAGACAUCCUACAGACAAAACCUGCUGAUGUGUUGGAGAGCAAGGUUGUGGAUUCUGGAAAAGAGGAACAAGGUCCAGAAAAGAAACCUGCAGAUGAAGAGGAGGUGGAAAAAUACUUGCUGGAAGUGAAACACACGACAGACAAAGUGGCCAAGGAUGCACAGCUAAAGAUACCUGUUGAAUCAGAAGAAAAAGUAGACAAAAUGCAAACUAUUACAACAGAUAAGUUCUCCUUGGGUGAUUUGGAAAAGGGGGACGCACCAACAAAAGAAGUCCAUUUUAAAUGUGGAUACACCCCAGUCGAUACACCAGAAAAAUAUAUCAUUGAGACACAAGACCAACUAAAAGGAGAAAGAAUAGCAGAGGCAAUAUAUUCAUCAGAAGAUGAAGAUCUUCCCGAAAUUAUGGAACUAAUGCCAACUGCAGAGAAGUUGUCAAAGCCAAAAAGCGAAGAAGAAUUUUCAAAGCAGCCUCUCCCUAAAGACGUGACGUUAGCAGACCGCAAGGACAAAACAAGUCCUGUAGGAUUAAACGAGGAUAACUUACUGAACAACCUGUUAACGUCGGAGCCUUCACUGUAUCUGAAAGGUGAGCCUGCAACAGAUAUUGGCACAAGUGGAAUGAUGCUUGAGGGCCAGGUAAUGGAUAAAGCAGAAUCAGUUCACGUGCCUGAAGACAUCACCAUAAAACCAGAUACAUGGGAGCCUCACGUAGGACACACAAGCCCCAAAGGAGAUCAGGUGUCCCCUUCAGAGACUGAGCAGCUUUCAAAAGGCAAAGCAGAGCUGGUGAGCGCUGACUCAAAGCCUGUGGUCGAUUACAGCAAGUGGGAUCCCCCUUCCUACGAAUCUCAAUACUAUCUACAAGAGGAUUUCAAAGUUACUACUGCUCCAUCCCACACGCCAUCUCCCGAGGAUCCACCAACUGAGAUAUUUACAGGAGAGAUUCGACUAGCUGGGAGCAAAGAUAAAGAGACGAGCAGUGAAGCCAAAUAUUCUUACUACAUAGAUGAAAAGAAGGAGUCUUCUCAUGGGUUUGACUACACUUGGUCCAUUGAGCAAGGAAGCAGCAAGCUUCUACCUGCCUCUGACAGUGCCUUUGAGAAAGAGCAGGACCUCUCCUUGGAGUCGAAGCCUUCAACCACACCUUCCCCACAACCUGAGGACCUGUGGACCGGGGCAGAGUCCAAGCUCCCUGCCGAGUCCAUCACAGGAGGGACAACUCUCGACACAUCCAAAGAAUCAGCUGGAGAGAAGGAAGUAAAGAAGCUGGACAUUUUUCCUGGGGAAACCCUGGGAAAAGAGGAGAAAACUUCUCAAGGAUACACCUACCCUCCACCAGAUGAGAACGUGUACACUGAUGUGUCCAAAGAAAGUGAAGCCCUGACUUGUAGGAAGGCUUUCACACUUGAUGAACAAGUCUUCAGCCAAUCUACGCAUUCUCCUAGUGAUGAGCAAGACGUUCCUGUCACCCGACUGGAUUACCAGUCCAUGACCCAUACAGAGGCAAAGGGGAGCAGUUCUGGGCUCCUUGCCGAGGAAUCCUACACCUUCACGAGGAAAGAAUAUUCGUCAGUGGAGGGAGACAAGGACCUAGAUGCUGGGAUGAAGACAUUCAGUUAUGCUGAGGGGGAUGAGAAGAGCAAGAUCCCAGGGUUUGAAGACCUCAGCAAGUCACAGAAGGAAGGAGAGUCUCAUGGCUUCCAUCACCUAUCGCAGCAGCUGGACACACCAUUCGAGGUGGCGUGGGAGGACAGAGGGACAGAGAAAGAACCCACUCUCCACAUGUCACCAAUAGAAAAGGAGCCCUCCCAGUGCAGCCUCCUGGGGAGAGAGUCACCAACACACACACCUGAAACCAGGGCAGACGCAAUAUUGGGAUAUUCCGAAAUUCCAGAACCUCCCUCAUCUCUCUCUCCAACAUCAAAAGAUGCCUCAACCACUGAUGCCAAGGACAAGCCACAUUCUGAACUGACACCGGAGCCCAGUUUGAGUGCAGGAACGUCAGACUCUCUCAGCCCCAUCUCUCCUGAAGGAAGGCAGACUUCAGCACUAAGCAGCCCCGAGUCUAAAGGCAGCCCUUCUUCUUCGCUGGCAUCCACUGAGGUACCACAUGUCGACACCAACGUGUUUGGGACCGGCACAGCGAGGCAGAAAGAACCAGACUCCAACGUCCUGGGCUGCUAUGGAAAGGAAGCCGACGAGAGCAGCAGUGACUCGGAGCUGGAGAAAGGUGCCAAGGAAAAGUCGGAGAAGGAAUCGGAGCAGCCCGACAAGGGAAAGGGAGCGAGCUGCUUGCAAGCGGAGGUGGGCGGGAGAGCUCGUUCCCCCAGCCCCCAGCCCCCUUGGACAGAGCAGUGGCUGGAGCCCGUGUCACCGGGAACUGCAGAGCAACGGUCUCAGGAGCAGAGUCCGGCAGAAUCCGAGAAGGAGCAGCUCUCCCUCGGCCACCAGGAACAGGACAUUCCAUCUCCCAGUGAUCACAAGGAAGCUCUGCAGAGCUCUCCCCACGGACUGGAAUAUCCCUGCGCCAGGGAUGGGGACAGGGACAGGCUCCUCACCACGGGAGGCGACCAGGGAGAGAGGUCUACCUCUGCUGAAUUGGAGGGCAUGGCCAAAGCGGCAAAGGAGGAAGGACAAGAUCCCGGCAAAGCCAAACACCAGGAGGGGCAAUUUGAUCAGCAGGGUGCUGAUUCCAUUGCCCAGGACCAAGACCUACCCACCAUCCAGGGACUCCCACCUGCCCAACCAGAGCUCUGGGUCGCUGGCUCUGGGCAUUCCUGCACAGGCAAGGAGGAGAAGCCCUCCACUGCUCACUUGGAAUACUCUUCCUUUGCUGAGGAGAGAACGCUUGCGGCCCCUCUCCCUGCCGAAGGUGUGGGAGUGAAGGACGAAUACUUGGAAGUAUCUCAGAAGGGUGCAUUUACUCCGAGCCCCUUCCAGGACCUUACGCCCUCCCUGCCAGGAGCAGCUGAUGUCCCGAGUGCCAGCUUCUCACCAGGGAGUCGGCCCUCAGGGGAGGUGGCCAGCUCCCAGGGACCAGUUGAGGGGACACAUCCGCCCCCUGUGGCAGGGAUCCCAGCCGAGGCCCCAGGGAGGAGUCUGGACGAAGUGUCUCCCUUGGUUCCCGCAGACAAGGCCAAGUACCAGGCUGCUGAGGUGGAGGAGCCAGCAGUGGCGCCAGCCGAGCACAGUCCAGCCUACCUGUGCGACAUUGAGGACUCCACUUUGUCCUGUCGGGUAGAGUGCCAAAGGUCAGCCCCCAAGCCGGAAGGCGGAGAGGCGGGAGUGGAUACUGAGGCUGCAAAGCCUGGGCCAGGGGCAGGAGGGCCAAUCGAGACCCAGGCCUCGGGCCUGCUGCCUCCACUCGCCUCACCAAAGGCCACAGCGGCCAAUGGGCCUACAGAACCAGGCUUCACCUCCGUGCCGGUGUGGAGCCCACCAGAGGGGGAAAGGGACACAAGCGCUGGGCCAGAUCCAGCCUCGGGGAUCGAACCAGUGACCCGGCCUUCUUCACUGACCCCAUCCGAGCGGACUCCCUGGCCUACGGAGGGGCCCGGAGCCCAGCUGGGCGAGUCGGGGAGCGGUCCCAGGCCCGGUUUCUGCAGUGACCACCACAAGCUGCCGAAGGGCGAGCUGUCGCCAUCCUUCAUCAACCCCAGCCCCCAGCUGGAAGCAGAAGAGGGGCUCCACCCCCACGAGGAGGCCUGGAAGCCUCGCGUGGCCCCGGACAGCCCCCCCACCUCUGGCAGCGAGUCACCCCCCCUCAACUCUGACUCAGAUGUGCCUCCGGAGACGGAGGACUGCCCCUCCAUCACGGCCGAGGCGCCCAUCGACUCGGACGAGGACGGCGACUUGCUGCCGGUCGACAAGGGUGGUGCCGGCUCGGCCCCCCUCCCUCGGCCAGGCCCCGACCCGCUGCCCGCCCCUGCCGUGGACCCCCAGCCCCUCCCGCCGCCCCCUGACGUCUGCAUGGUUGACCCCGAGAUGCUGGGCGGUGAGCAGAACAAGCUGCUGAGGAAGGAGCUGAAGGACAAGGCCAAGGGCACCAGGAAAGCAGCCAAGUCUAAGGCGGCCUCACCAGGGCGCAAGUCCGAGCCCAAGGCCAAGCACCCUGCUGCUCCUGCCAAGCCGGCCUCGCCCAAGGACCCCAGCGAGAGGUCCCCGAAAGCAGCGGCCAGCAAGAAGAAGGAGAGGGAGGCGGCAGAGAAACCAACCCGGGCCUCCAAGGCCGGCGAGACUCAGGCAUCCCGGGCCGAGGACAGGGACGACAUCUCCAGGUCCAGCCAGCCCAGCCCUGGCAAGGCGCUGGUGAACGGCAUCAAGUCCACCUCGGCUCCCACCAAUACAAAGACCAGCUCUGGAGUUCCUGCAGGACCCCCCGUGUACGUGGACCUGGCGUAUAUUCCCAACCACUGCAGUGGGAAGAAUGUAGACCAGGAAUUCUUCAAGCGCGUCCGAUCCUCCUAUUACGUGGUGAGCGGGAACGACCCUGGAAGCGGGGAGCCAAGCCGGGCCGUGUUGGACGCCCUAUUGGAUGGGAAGGCCCAAUGGACGAACAACCUUCAGGUGACGUUAAUCCCAACCCAUGACACAGAAGUCACGCGAGAGUGGUACCAACAAACCCACGAGCGACAGCAGGAGCUGAACAUCAUGGUACUGGCCAGCAGCAGCACCGUCGUGAUGCAGGACGAGUCGUUUCCAGCAUGCAAGAUCGAGUUCUGAGCUCCACUCAACCUCGCUCUCCAGCCUGGGGGAGAAACCCUGCUGCUUCAUUCCAUUCCAAUACUAAUUAUUUCUUUUCUUUAAUUAGGUUCAUUUAAGGCUAGAUUUGCAGCUUACAGCUAAGGAAACAAGUGAUAAUGUGAGUGCAUUUGACCCCCUGUGAAUAGGGGACUAGUUUGAGACCAAUUUGCUAUUAAGAGUGGCCGUUUGCUUGUAAUUCAUCUCAUUAAUGUUCCACCUUCAGAGCAUUGAAGAUUAAGUUGAGACUCUAUUGGAGUGACAGAUGCUGUCCUCACUGCAAGGUUUUGUACCAUUGCUCGAUUUGAAGGCCAUCAGUGGGAUGAUUCGGUUAGUUUGUUUAGCGGUUAGUCUGGUUUUUGUGGUAAUGAUUGUUUUGCCUCUGAGGAACCUUAAUGUUAGAAUACAUUUUGUGAAAGAAGUCUUCAUGCUGUCCUUCGUUUCCCACAGCAACCACUGCAGCACUUCAACCUUAUCUUCAGCCAGUCCAAAGGCAAAGAGCAGCUCGAGGCCCAGUGAAGCUGGAGGAGGGGGCAACUUAACAGGGCUGUGCCUGACCCCCUGCUUUCCAAACUGCCCAGAGCACAAAGCUGCCCCAGUGUUAAGACCUGCUGUGGUGGGUCUUCGAUGGGAAGUCAGCGUGGCACCUUUGGGUGCAAGGAUAAAAGGCAGGGCUGUCGGGCAAAACUUUCACAUUGUUGGAGGAUGCCACAGACUAACUGCAAGCUGGACAUUUCUUGGUUGUGUUCCAAGAGACCUGCUCAUUUUUUUUUGUCCAUUGCUCAUACUUAAAGCAGGAACUGAUAAACAUGUUUGAGAUGAUCCAUACAAGGAAACGAGGCACUUGUCUAGCAAUCAGACACUUUAACCAUUUGCUGUGGAUUACAAUGCAAACUGUGAAUGAGACUCUUAAACAAUAGCAAUCCAUAGUAUUUAAAGAGACAGUAUCCUGUUGUGUACCAGUCAAAACUGAUGGGACAUCAAAACUAUCCCUGCAUUAAAUAUAAAUACUGAACUUGGAAUAAAGAUCAAUUCACUUUAUUUGUACCUAUAGAUUAAUUUAAAUUGUUUAAUGAAAUUCCGAGUUGUAUGAAGAACUUGUGAUGAGUGAGCCUGAAAAGUUAUCUUAAUGGGACUUUUUUAAUUGUUCAGCACAGCCUGUCAAAGGCACUAAUGGGGGACCUGUCUCUUUAAGAAGGCAAUAUCUGGUUUAAAUUGUAUUUCUUGAGUUGUCCAUCUUUAAGUGUACACUACAUGUUCUGAUUGCACUGUACUGGUGUGUUUGACCAUGGCGGUUCCCGAUGUGUUUAUGAGCAAUAGUCUUCUGCUUAAAACACUUCGAACACAUUUGUACCAAUGGGGGAGUGGUAUUGCUGUUGGAGUGUGUAGCUGCUUUACCCAGACGGAGACAUUCGGAAGACAAGUGUGGAAGACAGUGACCUUGCAUCACAGUGUGCUCUGGUGAAGGGGGAAUCACUGUGUUCAUGACAUUACAGUCCAACACCUGCAUAUUACAUUGCAGUGACCUCCUGCUUAAACAUCCAUUCAAGCUUCACGAUGGUUUUAAUGGAAUAAUUCUGUUCCUUUUACAAAUAGAGACUCGUUAAUGUGAUAGUGCUUUGAGUGGAGGUCCUAUCUCGACCUUCUCCUCCUGCCCCAUGGUAGUAUGGGGAGAGAGUCCAUCACUCCACUGUACGUGGUCAGGUUACUGAGAGGACACAGCUCCCCCACUUUGAGUAUCAGAACGUUAGGAGGAAGGGCUAAAGUUGGAUAUUGCCUUUUUAACAAACCAAAGUGUGCAAGUAGCCUCUAUUAAGCUUAAAUACCAGGUGUGGUUGCCUUAGACAUUAGGAUGAAUGUAGCUAAUUAAUGCACUACUGCUGCAGCAAUGCAGGGCUGGGACUGGCUAUGUUACUUUAUGUUGCCAAUUUACUGCGCUCUACCGAUGGGCAUGUUGUGAGCAAUGCUGUGCUGUCACAUUUCCAUCCGCAUUAAUUUCUUUAUAAUUUUUGUCCCUUUCUUUAAACUCCCACAAGGUCAAAACUGACAGUGUGGGACCAAAAUGGAAGCAACCCUUGGAUUUUUAAUUUGAGGAUGAUCUUGAAGGAACAAUUUUGUUGGGGAGACGGACAAUUAUUGCAUUCGGCAGAACCGCAGCGCUGCACACCGUCUGUGCGGAUGCUUUACUGCCCCAAGCACGUGCUUGCGGCUGUAUUUGGUCAAACCUACUUGUUCCCCAAGCUAUUUGCACCUUGUGGGACUUCCAGUAUUGGCUUUCAGAAUAAACCAGCCCUGUAGGUUAUAAGAUUGGAGGGGUAGCUCACCCACUGUAAGCUUCCUGAGCAGGGUAUUAGUUGAUUCCCCAGUAAAUCAAUCACAUUCCUGAGCAAUUCACUGCUCAGCAGAUCUGUCGGCAUCAUGACUUUCAGUGCCUGCACUGGUGACCGUUCCACGCAGCUAAUAGUUCCACCCUGAGCAACGAGAGGAAACACAAACACUGCAGGCACCAGAUCAUUUGAAUAUUCCAACCAAAUGGGCUGUGUUUUCCCCACCAGCCUGAAGUCCGGUAACUUCAAAUCCAGACCAGAAACCUGAAGGCAAACUCAAAGCAACUUGAAGGAAGAGGCAAGUGAGGGUUACAAUUGGCCUGUGCACAGGAAGCACACAUAAGUCACAUGGACCAUAUCCUAGGCAUAUCUGUCUGACCUGUGUAUGUCAGAGAGGGAUAUAGAGUAUUUGAAUCAUUCCCUGUCUGUCUAUGUUGGAAGCUAGUUGGUUUGCAUAUGUAGUGUGAGAGUGUGUAUAUAUUAAACAUGCGUGCAUAUAGGAAGCUGGAUAGGAUGACCCAAGCAUUCUAUUGCCAAAGUAUUUAGAUUUGCUCUUGGCCCUGACUUUAAUAUGGGGUGUACAAUGUUUGUAGUUUCUGAAGAGAACACGGGCCAACAUCUGUCUGCACAUAACUGGAUUAGGUUAACAAUGAUGUUACUGGAUCUUUCUGCUAGCAAGGAUGAAAGUGACAGACCAAACAGGUUGACUUGUCAUUGUGUGUACAGUCAUUUUCUGUGAAAGCUGUCAUCAUUGUGUGAUUUGAGUGAGAUAUUUAGAUUAGCACAAGAAGUGUGUAAAGUCAGUUGUUGGAAUCUUAAGGAAUUUGUACAGUUUUAAGAGGAGUCAUUGAGUUGUGUGGCAGUAUGCGUGAAUGAGAGAACCGGCACUUCUCCAGAUUUUCUACAUUAAACAAUCGCGCGGAUGCGGAACUAGACAAUGGAUUUUGGAAAAGGCACAAAGUGAUAAGCUGCAGUGUCUUUGGUAUCAGAGGACCCCAUUACAAAGGGCAUUGCACAGCAUCCCAAUUCUGGUGGUCGCUGGUCACUAAGGAAGGGAGUGAUUACCUCUCUCUAUUCCUCCCUCCCGCACAUACGUGAACCACAGAAGGGGUUAAAUAGUGAUUGCCAAGUAUCCAGAUCUGGGAGACCUUAAUCUGAUGUGUUUUCCCAUUGACCCAACAAUAUAGACCAGCUAGUGAUGUGGGCAUGGGAGAAGGCAGAUUAAAAAAGAUGUAUUUAAAGGGAAUAUUGUUAGCGUAGGCAUGUUUGUAGACUACUAGGAACUCUGUUGUUUUGAGACCCUGCUCUCAAAAGGAUCGGACCAGAGCUAUCUUUGAGAUAGCAGAGCCCUAACCAAACUUGUCUUUGGUAAAGAUCCUUGUGCACACUCCUAUCACUGCACCAAUCAGCAGAGCAGGUUACAUCCAGUUGUUCAGUUAUAGGAACCAUAAGUGAAGUCCAGAAGGAGACCAGUUCUCAUGAAGCUUAAUUAAUAAUUUAUUUGUCUUGUAGUUUAUCGAUGUUUUAUAUCGAUUUAUAUAGAUUACAUUCUUAAUUUAUAAGCACAACUCUAACCAGUAUUGUAGCUGCAAGUUGACAUGUUUACAUAGAGUUCAUUUGCACUCCAUUUGUUGAGCUGCGAUUUGCAGACCCUAUUCAUUCUCAUUUUUAUUUGUGUUUUUAAGAGACAAUGGAACUUUGAGAAGUCAUGCUUUUUUAAAAAAACAU